AUGGCGCGUCGCCUGGCGCUGCUUGCGCUUCUGGCGUGCGCGGUGCUCGCAAAUCCGACCCGCCCGCCUUCACGCCCGUUAGACGCUACCAACUCCCUCGACCUUGCACUGUGGGAUGAUUACGAGGAGUCCUUAGAAAAGUCCUUUCCGUCGCGACAAGUCACCGUUAAACCUAAUAAAAUCAAAGUGACGCUCAAAGUUCCCAAUACAAAGUUCAAUGUGGCAUUGAAAAGUACAAACAGUGGUGAAAAAAAUAAAGUUAUUAAAACUACAAUUAACAUUUCAAGUUAUACGAACAUGGUAGUGACGGAACCACCUCCGACUGUGGCAGCGACGCCUGUUACGCGUUUUCCUCAGGGGACAUAUGCUAGUUUCAGCAAUAAACCAUUAUUGUUAGAUAGUACAGGUCAGGGAUUCAUUUCGGGUACGAAAAAACCGAUAAAAUCGAGAAUAACUACUACUCGGCGACCGCCCAAAACUUCCCGCCCUCGUAUCACGACGACUACUCGCCGACAACGUACGACCACAACACGACGCUCUACCACUCGAACUACACGCCGCACGUUGAAAACAACCAAAGUGCCUAAAAAAACACAAGUGCCUUGUUCACAAAAAAAUAACCCAGGAUGGAUAUCAACAUACUUUCAAGAUGUAAAAAUUAAGAAAUCUCCAAAGAAAGAAGAAAAAUCAGGUUUAUUUUCCAGAAUAUAUAGCUGGUUUGUAGAGCCUGCAUUACCUGAAUCUUCUUGGUUUGGUAGUGGUUGGUUCGAUAAGAAAUCUACUCGACCAACUACGACUACGACACCCAUACCUCCUUCGACCUCGACAGGAAACUGGUUUCAAAUAUUUCUGGAUUCAGAAGAUACAGACAAUUCAAAUACAGCAAGUGUAACCAUGAAAAAAUCUGCAAAAAAGUCAAUAAAAAAAACGUAUACAGGAUAUCAACUACUUAGAGCUUACCCAGAUGUGCAAUGGAAAGUGGAUUCCUUACUAGAUUUACAAGAGGAAGCUGAGGGGUCCGGUCUAAUGUGGUGGACUCCGCCAUCAUUAAAUGGUUUAACAGACCUCUUAGUUCCACCAGAUCUGCUCGUUGACGUCAAAGAUCAUUUAAAAUCGUCUAAAAUAGAUUUUGAUGUGGUUAUUUGGGAUUUGCAGAAAGCUAUUGCAUAUGAAAAUCCGAAACUUUCGAAAAAACAGCGACUUGAGCUAGAGCAAAUCCGAGGGCAUCCAAUGACUUGGCGACGUUACCAUCGGUACGCUGACAUACUAAGAUAUCUAGAGUACUUACAACAUUCAUAUUCUGACAUUGUUGAGCUAGUGCCAUUGGGUCGCUCUUCUGAAGGACUUCCAUUGGUGGCUGUUAAGGUUUCUUCUCCUACAAAUGAAACUCAAACAAAAAACUCUAACGGUAAGGACCAAAAGAAAAAAUUUAAAUUGCGCUCGCAUUUAAAGCCUGCUGUUUGGCUAGAAGGCGGCGCUCACGCACGUGAGUGGAUAGCUCCUGCAGUGGCCACAUGGAUGAUACAUAACUUGGUAGAAGGAGAUAAAGGAUCAGGUGCUGAUCACGAAAUGCUUAAUAUGGCUGAUUUUUAUAUCAUGCCGGUAAUGAACCCGGAUGGCUAUGAACAUUCGCAUACUCAUGAUCGACUUUGGAAGAAAACUCGUUCACGCAGCCCUGACCACUCUGAUGAUUACUAUGUAGGCUGGUUUCCCUGGAAUUGGGGUCGUACGGAAUGCGUGGGUGUUGACGCUGACCGCAAUUGGGACUACCACUGGGGUGAAAAGGACUCCUCGAAGGAUCCCUGUGCAGACAACUAUGCCGGCCCGCAUCCAUUUAGUGAGCCGGAGACGCGUGCUGUUUCUGACUUCUUAUCAGAACACAAGGGACACAUAAAGCUGUAUCUAUCGUUGCACGCGUACUCACAAGCGUGGCUGCUGCCCAGUUCGCACUCACAAGCGACAUUUACCGACGAUGGGAUCUUAACGGAUAUGGCCAAGCUUGCUACAACCGCUCUCGCUGAUAUGUUUGGAACUAAGUACCAGGUUGGUACAGCUGCAGAAAUCCGACAGCCAGCUUCAGGGAUGUCACACGAUUGGGCAAAGGCUCGUGCAGGAAUAAAAUUUUCUUAUCAUGUUGAUUUGAGAGAUUCAAUUGGACCAUAUGGGUUCCUUUUACCUGGAUCGCAAAUUGUAUCAACGGCCAAGGAGACUUGGCAAGCUGUUAAAGCAAUUGUAGAUAACAUUACACCU